AGGCGUGUCUGCAGUAAUCCCGGCCGUACAUGUAUAAAAGUGACGUGUCGCUGCCACUCGCUCAUCUGCCGUCUUGUCGUCCGACUGUUGGUCACCCAAGCAAAGCAGCACAAAAGCAUCAGCGCGCGCGCACACUGACCAGGGCGGCACAAAUGAAUUUGGAGGCACCCAAAACUGAGAUCAAGUCGGCCACGCGGGUGAGCGGGGGCCCCGCCACCCCGCGCAAGGGCCCCCCCAAGUUCAAGCAGAGGCAGACUCGGCAGUUCAAAAGCAAGCCCCCCAAGAAGGGUGUGCAAGGGUUCGGUGAUGAUAUCCCGGGAAUGGAGGGCUUAGGAACCGACAUUACAGUCAUUUGCCCGUGGGAGGCCUUCAAUCAUCUGGAGCUGCACGAGCUGGCCCAGUACGGAAUCAUCUGAGCUCGUCCGGAAACACACACACACACAAAAAAAUAAAUAAAUUCAUUAAAAAAUGGAAAAGGAGAUUUUUUUUUUAAAUUAAUAUUGUGGUCAUGACUCAGCAGCUGCUCGUGUUUAGGAUGCGAUCUUCUGUAAGGUUCUUGUUUGCCGGGCGGCCUGGUGUUGAAGCUGCAACGUGGUGGUUGCUAGUCUGUUCAUCCAUCUUUGCUCACGGUUGACUCUGAACUCAUUGAUUUGUCGUUAGAAAAGCAGCCACACCACGUGUCUCCUUGCAUCUUCUCUUUUUUUCGCUUAAGUGAUCCUUGUCUAGACUUUUGUACGGUCGUCGUUAUCAUCAUUUACGCAUGCAGGGUAACACUUACUCUUUGCAGUUGUUUAUUUGUGUUUGCUUGCACUUUGCUUGGUUUUCUUCUGCAGCCAGGUCGGCAUGGUCAAAGAGAAUCGGAGAAAUAAAGGUUUGAAAAAAAUGCUGGUGAUGGAGA